AUGGCGCAUAUUGUGCAUGCAGUGUCCCAAAUACUCCACUUUUAUACAUCACCAAGUCCGGUUCUUAAACUUAACCACCCAUUCAACCACUCUCCACAUCUACACAACGCCAUGUCCGACUCGAUGAAGUACGACCCGGUGCACGAGUCGCCGGAGACGCCGAAGAAGGAGGGGUCGCCUGGAUCGGCCAAAAAACGACAGUACCAGCCGCGAUUGACCAACCCCAAGAUUCUGCAUCUCAAGAAGAAGGACGGAGAGCCGCUGUGGCGAGUCGACAUCCAGUUUGAUUUUCUCAGCUGCAUCUUCCGCAACGAAAUGCGCGUCUUCAGCAACAGAUACAACAUGGAGGAUCACAACGAAUCGACGCCCAGACGAGGGGGAUACACAUUUGCCGAUUGCUACAUCAAAGCCAUGGCCAAGUCACCCAAAUGCUCACGUGUGCUGCAUGACAAGCUCAUGGGUGACAGAGAAGCCGGUCUCAAUAUGGCCAUGGUGUGUCUGCUCGUCAACAUUGGACGAAUGAACACCACUCUGAACUUCUUCCCCGAGAUGAGAGCCCAGCUGCGAACCUAUCAUCCCAUCCCCUCUCUGCAGAACUCCAACUCCAAAAACGAGUACAAACAGCUGCAGGACGCACCUCGGUUGAAAUCUAUUCUCAAGGGUGCCUGUGAGGGCAAGUCUGAACCCGACACCAUCAACGCCAUGAUCUCCAACGGAGAAGUGCCCCACUGCAACGCCAUAAACCUUGUGUCGCUGUUGUCGUCCAACUCGGCCUUUGUGAACGCCCGUUUCUUCUACGAUCAAUUUGAAUUUUGCGACCUGAUCAUGGACGCCAAUCUUUCGUCUGCUUCUCGAGCUCAGGCCUUUUUGUGGCUUGCCUGGGCCUUUUUGGAAACCAACCUCGAGGAAGAAGAGCUCCUGCAGAACCCCUUUGGUUCGUCGACACAGAUCCCAGAGCUCGUGGAACUGCUGCCUCAUGAAGCAGAGCUCGAGAAUGUGGACACUGAAGAGGAGAAGGAGUUUGCACAGCAGAUGCGAGCAGUGCGGGAGGAGUACAUCGAGUCUGUCUCCCAAUCGCCUACCACUGUUGUUGUUGGAGGGCAUGGGGGAGGCACCAAAAUCAAGCCCGUGGCUUCGACUGGACGACCGAAGAAGGAGGAAGAAACGCCCGUCAAGAAAGGCAAGACUUCUACUUCGUCUACAGCUCUUCCUGCACCCAUCCAGAAGAUCCCCCUGGCCCCUCUCGACUCAGCCCCUUCUCAGUCGUUUGCAGAAAUGUAUCUUAAGGGCAUCGAGUUUGAAAAUGCUCGUCUUCCAAAGGUGAAGCGAAACAAGGCUUCUCGUCUACGCGAAGACCACGCCACUGCAGUUGCCGUUCUUGCCUGUCUGCAGCUUCCUAAGGCUGUCGCUGCCAUUGAGCGGCUUUUGGAAAACACAUCCGAGGGUCUAGCAGGCAGUCAUUGCGUCAUUAAGCCUUCUUCCAUCAAGACGCUCGAGCAGCGACACAAAAAGUGUGUGGGCGAAGUGCGACACAUCUUUAAGGUGCGCAAGGAGCGGGCUCGAAAGAAGCGACGGAAGGCUAUUCUUCCCGAAAUUCCUUCAGAUGAGGAUGUGUUUGAUUCUGACGACGAUAUGAAGGGCGGAAUAUGUGGCGGGGAAGCUGUUCGUGGGACUACGACGAUUACCAAGGAUGGCUUUGCGUACUCUACACACGGGUCUCUACAGUGGAAUUCUGGAUUGCCUGCCGACUACGGCGAGAAGUUUGAGACUCGAGGCAAGGCUUUCCGGGCAGCCAGCUUGUGGUGA